UUAUGUUUAUGUUGGGUGCCUAACCUAAAGCUGAAGUCAUAAACUAAUCAUUGUUCAACAAAAGAUUUUAAAGUAUAUUUUCUAAAGUGUAUACAAGUGAAAACAAUACCCACCAAAAGCAGUUGGCAAAAUGCCGACUACAUGUCGAGCUUACUGCAGUUACAGAGGAUGCAAAAACUCAAAGGCGAGACAUACAGAUAAAAGUUAUCACCGUUUUCCUAAAAAUGAGAGCAGACGAAAUCUGUGGAUUCAACAUUCAGGAAAUUUAACUCUUCAAACUUUAACACAGAAGCAACUUUCACACAAAUUUCUUUGCAGCGAUCAUUUUACUGAUAUCGACGUAGCGUCAGUCAUAAGGGGUAAGAACAGAUUAAAAGAUAGCGCUAUUCCUAAAAAUUUUGCAACCACUGAUGUAUUCGAAGCUUUGCAAAAUAGUACUCGUAAUUCUGAUUCAACGGCAAACAAUAAAGAUUUAUUCAGUGAAGACUCUCAAUUAAAUAAAAAAGUUCCUAUAUUAAAAAGUGAACUAUGCCUUCAAAAUGGAAAUGAUGCUCACAUGUCUUCGUCGUUGGAUGUUUCAAAUGGUGACCAAAAUUUCGCUUCAUUCGCUAAUAACAACCUCAAUUUAAGUAAUGAUCGUAUUCAGUCGAUCCAAAUUCAAUUAAAUAAAAAAAAUGAGGAACUGAAAAACGCACAAGAUGCAUUAAAACAAUCAGCUUUAAUAAUUGAUUUUAUUAAAAACAAAUAUGAGGCAAAAGUUAAAUCUAAAAAUGACACGAUUCUUAAAUAUAGACGUAAAGUAUAUAACUUAAAUCGUAAAUUAAAUAGAGUGAAAACAUUCUCAAAAGAAGCAAGUGAAUUAAAAAAGUCAGUUGAUAAGCUUGAUGAAGAAAUAAAAGAAUUUUUAGAUAUGCAAAUUAGCCAUUUUAAGAAAAGUAAAUGGACUGAAAAGGAGAAACAAUUUGCUAUAUCUUUAUUUUAUCAAUCUACAAAAGCUUAUCGCUAUCUUCGAGAAAAAAAACAUUUUAAAUUACCAUGCGUAUCAAAAAUUAGAAUUUGGAUUAAUGGGUUAGAUUCGACAGCAGCGACCCUGGAAAAGACAGAAGAAGAAGAGUUAGAAAAGGAAGAAGAAGAAGAGUUAGAAAAGGAAGAAGAAGAAGAGUUAGAAAAGGAAGAAGAAGAAGAGUUAGAAAAGGAAGACGAAGAAGAGUUAGAUUCGACACAUAAUCCACUGGUCCCAGACGAAACUUUGACUCUGCCUCAGAUUAUCAUACUAACAAGCUGAAUUUUGCUGAGAAUGUCAGUUUUAGGACCACAAAAAAGAUGCAUCAAAGUUUGUCACUCCUACUGUCAUCGUGUGCCUUAGUCUGUGGACCAAUAAGCUCGUCGGCACGCAUCGCUCCGCCUUUUACCUCCUAUUCAAUUUACGAUUGGCCGAUGGACUUGGCACACUUGCACAUAUCGAUACGAAAGAAAGAUUCUUAUCGAUCUCCUAUACCCUGGCAGCCCCCUUCACGGGGCUCUACUCCCCACUCGUCCUUGGACUCAUUUGCUACCUUUGUGCUACCAAUUAGCCUUUCAUUUGUGAGAAAUUACCUAACCCACCAAAUUGGGAUAGAAACGCAGAGGAAACUUCGAUUGGGCAGAGUAAAAGCCUUCUGUAGAGUAUUUAGGAGCUGAUAUGGAGUUAUUUCUUUGUGAAGACCCCAACUUCCAUAUGGUGACACUACCCGGUGACUUGCUCCUAACACCUCCCUUCGUACUGGUGAAAAACGGAAAACAUCGUUUUACUCAGAUGUAAAAAAAAUGUUUCAAACAAAAAAUGUAGCUGAGUUAAUUUAGAACAAAAAUGUUUGUUAGUAAUGUUUGUGUAGAGUUAAUCGUUCUCUCAAAAACAAUGCUUAAAGCGGCCGGUGAUUUUGAAUGUCAGUUAGGCGCGCGAAAUCAAUUUUUUCAUUAAGUUUUUAUCAACUCAACGGUAAAAAAUUCAAUAUCUUUUGAUCAGAGUGUCCUGUCGACAAAAAUCAAAAAUAAGUUUAUUAACGUUUCAAUUUCCACUCCGAAGUGAGAAUUGAAACGUCAAUAAACUUAUUUUAACCUUCAAUUAUGGUUUAUUCCCAAUAAAAUAGUAUCUACUUUAAAAUGCCACAAGAAAAUAGCUUCAGAACAAUAUAAAUCAAAAUCCAUUUUAAAGCUUGCAGCUUUCGUAUGCAAUUUUUCAUUUUGUCGCAAAUAAAAUAAGUUGCUAUAAAGUUGAUAUUGACCGGUCGCUGUAGAAUUAAAAUUUUUAGAGAUUAAUCUUCAUAAUCUAUAACACGAAUUUUCGAUUUUGAGUUUUGGCAAUAUAUAUAUGAGGCAUUUGAAAUAUGCCUAAAAACGCCGAAUUUAAACUUUCUAGGGGUCGCCAAGUUCUUGAAAAUUUCAAGAUCUUGUCUUGAUUUAGUAAUUUUAGAUUUCAAGACAAGACAAGAAAUUUUAUAUCAAUACCAAGAUUUAUUGUCAAGUAAACAACAAAUCUUGAAAUAUCUGGACUAAUAAUGAAAACUGUAAAAGUAUUUAUUUGUGAAAAAGGUAACAUAUUUUAACACAAUAUAACAUUUUAAUUUAUUGAACACUUUUUGCUAAAACGAUUUACAAAAAUGUAAAUUUAAAAUAACACAUGAUACUUACCUAAUCCUGUUGAAAAUAAAAUUGCAAACUAGAUUUUAUUUUAACACUACUGCCCAAUUUUUUGACUGCAAAAAAUUUCUACUGUUAUUUACUUCUAGGAUAGGAUCAAAUUAAAACAUUUUUGAAGAUUUUUUAAAUUCUUUAUUUCUUUUUUAUUAAUAGGGUUUGUGACUCUCAAGUUACAAUGGGAAAAAAGUUAAUUUUGAUGAAAGUCCACAAAGCAAUUAGAAUUAGGCGUAAAGCACAAAUUUACAUUAAAUUUUUUACAUCAUAUUACUUUUGGCACGCCUAUGAAUCCCGGUUUCUUGAAAUGCCCAUGCUUUUCCGAAAAUUUAGGCCAAUGGCCUAUUGGGACCGUGCAAGUUCGGAAGAGUGACACCUGGUGUCGUAAAUCAGCAAAAUUUACUGCGCUUUCAUGUUAGAUCGAUGUUACCGGAUAACUGUCAAGGACGUAGCCCCAAAAAAGAAUAAGAAAAAAAAGUAAGAUUGAGGUUAUGUCGGUAUGUUAUUAAAAGGUAAACGUUGUAUGUAGUGUAAAUACAAAUAAAUAUAUUAUUAAAUUACAGCUUUAAUGUUAAUAUGGAUGCAAUAAUAAAAACUGGAUUUGAUAAAGUAAAUCACCAAAUAACUUUUCAACAAUUUUUUGUUGUAUUUUUACAAUGUAUAACACAGCAUUUACUAAAUCGCAUUUUCUUCAGUGACAGAAGGUGUAAAUAAACAAACGAAUAUGAAAUGUGACAAUUUGCCAAUUGACAAUAUGAAUUUAUGAAAUCUAUGAAAUGUGCAGUAAAAAAUGCAAGAUUUCUCCGCUACUCGCGCACGAUUGUUUCUCGUAUCACAUCCAAGUACUUGCACGUCGCCAAUUCCAUAUGUUUUUCUCCGGUAGGGAAGCGAUAGGUCUUCUUUUCCUUUUCCUGCUCUAUUUCUUAUUCUAUUAUAGAUAGACUGGGCCUUCCCCCCUUCUUGAGCCACUCUUUACCCUCUUGACAAAGAAAAGCGGCAAUAGAUGCUAAAAGCUAAAAUACUUAGUUCAUGGUUUUUUCUUAUACCAAGUAACUGGGUGUUUCUUCAACCAAGCAGUCAUAACUGCUAAAUCAAAUAUAUAAACACAAUGCGCAGGUAGCACCAGGAGCUAAUCCUAGUUCUAUAUAAAACCAUCAACGAGUCCAUUAAGUCAACUCUGUCCAUACAUUUAUUGUAAAACGGUGUAAUGUUAGGACAUUCCACAAGAAUAGUUUCUUUCUUUGCUUUGUCUCAUAUUUGAACGUGACUUGUAGGAUACGUGCCUACAAACGAACUCUGUAAAUGCACCGGCUUGUUGUUGUACCAUUUGACUGCUUUAAGGGUUAUUCUUUCUUUCUUGUAGACAAGUUCUUCGAAACUCCCUCUUGCUUUCUUUUUUGUAUCUUUGUCGGUAGAGAAAUUACAUCCUUUAAAUCUGUUAGGUUGAAGAAUAUCCUGGCUUAAGAACUGGUUUAAGGGAAUGGUUUGAAUGCAGUAGUGCAGAACUUUUUAGAGCGGUAGUCAACAAAGUCCGCAUAGUCAUGAUGACUUCCAACCUUCGAUAGAUGGAACUUAAAGAAGAAGAAUCUGUUAGGAUGUACCUUACCUGCAGAGGGAAUACCCAACUUGUCUAGUUCAAUUUGCAGUAAACCAGUUAUCAAAAUAUAUCUUAUGAUAAGCAAUUCUUGGAAUUAUUGUGGCCAAUCGAAAAACCACAUUUCCACUGACUCCAACACUUGGUAAAUUAUAUACAAUUUCGUUGGUAUCGCUAUAGGAGAAACGCUUUAUAGCCCUACUUUUUUCUUUUGUUUUUUAUAUAUAUUUUUAGACUGUUUUCCUUUAAAAGGAUAACUGGUUCAUCCACUCAUAGUUUUUCUGUCAUUGGAAUUUUCCGAAAAUUUGUUAUAACUGGUUCUAAAAGCGAUUUGAUUUUGUAUAUAUUAUCUCCGGGAAUUAUCUGACUAUUUUCAUUGAAGUGGAUAUUGUUUUUUAUUUGUUCCAGCGAUUCAGUUUCAGAAACAUAGUUUCUGAAACAACUGAAAUUAAAGUAGACGCUUUCCAGUACAUUCUAGUUGAGGGUAAACUAUACACUGACAUGAACAAACAUACACCGAAAAACUGUUGUUCUAUUUCAAUUUUGUACACAUGUAAAGAUUUUUCGUGAAUGGGUAGAAUACAGAUUUGUUUGAUAAACGAUAUUGUCCAAAAUAUUUUCAUCUAUCAGCGUUCUAAAAUAUUUGAUUGGAGUAUACGGGUUUUCAGGAAAUAGCUUUAAACUACCUUUCCAAGGUUGGAUUGGCUGUGCAGAACGACUAGUAAUCCGUUUCCAUGUGAUAUUCUGAUGAUUGGCACGUCAUUUUUGUCGUCAUUGUCAUCCCCUUUUUCAUUAUCAUCUUCCUGGUUCUCAUUAUUGUCUUCCAUGUUUCCCACACUCAUUUAUUACGAACAAACAUUUUAUGAAAUAUUUACUACUUAAUCAUCGUCAAUGUCAGAUUUUAGAAUGUAAUCUUCGGAGUCAUAUCCACAAAUGUCUCUAAUUUAAAUAUUAUUUAGUUCUUUCUUGACAUAAAAUAAUUUUACACACAUAGUUUCCAUUUCUGUUACCACCUGCAAACAAAAUUGUGUUAUACAUUAUGGACCAUUGUAACUUUAAAGUUACACAACAUUUUUUAUUCACAGAAUACCUAAAAAGAUGUAGUCUUUAACCUUUAAACUGCGUUUAGAUUUUUGUCAAUAGGACAUUCUGAUCAAAAGAUAUCGAAUGUUAACCGUCGAGUUGAUACAUUUAAAUAAAUUAUUUCGCGCGCGUAAACGACACUUGAAAUCGCCGGUCGCUUCAAGCGUUGUUUCUGAGAGGUUCAUUAUACAAAAAGUGCUAAAAAACAUUUUUGUUCAAAAUUAUUUCUCAGCAAUAUUUCUUGUUUUUCGAUUUUGCUUUUACGAGAUGUGGUUUUGGCGGAAACUCGGGGGUAGGAGUGGCAAACUUUUUUCAUUUUUUUUUGGAGUCAUAAAAUUGACACUCACGGCCAAAUUCAACUUGUUUGUCUCGUUUUUAGAUAUCAAAUCUCUGCAGACUGGACUAACAUAGAUCCUCAUCCAUUUGAAAUUAUGAAUGUUAGUCUAGCCACUUAAAAUUUUAGUAAAAUUGCCGGUAAACAUUCAAAUGUAAACUCAGUAAAACACGGGUUUUAAAAUUUCUGAAAAUUUGAAAUUGUAAAAAAUUUUAUUUUUUAUUUCAACGGCCCUGAAAUUGUAAAAAAAGAUUAACGAUCUCUUUGAUUGUCGAAAUAAGAGAUCGAUUAAAGAUCCAAAUCUCUUACGUAAACCAUUAUCUCGUUUUAAAUUCAAGUUGAAAACUAUUGCGACUUAAUCGAGAUCCUUUAGAAAAUUGAUUUGGAACUCUUAGAAAUAGAUCUAGUCAUAAUUCAAAUCCAUCUGCAAUGCAAUUCAGGAAAAAUUUUCAAUACCAAUUUAUGCCAAUUUAACAUCUAUUUCAAAAGGAACUAAUUGCAAAUCUGACGAAACAUUAGCGCUACUAGCAAUUUCGAAUUUAAUUGAUGUAAAUGGAGAAAAAAAAUUAUAGAAAAAAAGUAUAUUAACCCAUUCACUAUCAGGUUCGCCUGAACAGUUAGGCCGCGACGCGCCGGUCAAGUAUGCGGAGCACACACACUUUUCAUUCUCUUCAUAUCUUAUUUGUAAUUGUUGCGGAACGUAAAAACAGAUGGAAAAAACGCAAACAAUCAUAAAAAAUGGAUGCAGAGAAAAAAAAUUUACCCGUAAUUACUCUUUAAUUAAGACAUGAACCAUCUGACAAUUUUGUACGCAUGAGCGAAUCAGUAUACAACGAGCUGCUAUCACUUUUUCCUUGGUUAGGAAAAAAUAUAAACAAUACCAGCUAUUUUGGGAUUCUCAGCACCUGGACGAUCGUAUGAGUGUCCCAAAUAUUCAACUAGGAUUUGACCACACAUUCUCCUGGACAAAUUAUUCCUGAAACAUCUGUGGCCCUGUCAAAAGUUCUGCAGAAAUACAUUAAGUUUCCGAAUUCUACAGAAAAAAUGAAAGAAAUGUCAAAGGAUUUUAAGAGUCGAUGGAGAACAAUUAAAGAUGAAGAAACAGAACAAUUCAUGGAUUACUUUAUGUUCGAGGGGAAAAUGCCAUGGCAAAAUAAACACAUAUUGAGGAAUAAACAAAUUUAAUACACUGUAGCGUUGUAGUUAUAAGUGGGGAAGGCUUCCUAAACUCUUUAAUUUACUUACCUGUAUAAAAAUAAAUUCAACUAAAUUAAUUAUGUAUAGAUUUAAAUAAACAUUGUCCAA